AUCAGUUAGUAAGCGUUAAGCGCCCCGGCCAAUCAGACCUAAACGAUACCCUUUUAUUCUCUCUCGUGAAUACAAUUUUGUUCACCUAUUCACCUGGAGGAACAACAAAACAGUUGCUGAAUGAGAGGUCUCUCCAGUCAGGUGUAAACAGUUCUAAGGUGCGCACGCGUUCGAUCGGAAGUUUCAAGUCUCGCGCGCUCAACUUAGCUCAGCUCCUAAAGUGGAUUAAGCAGUGAAUCGGUGAAAUAAGGCCAACCGACCAGGAUGCGGCGGGAAAAGUUGAUUUUGUUUGUGAAGACCAACCUACUGACACUUCUCACAAUCACCGGAGUGGUGGUGGGAAUUGUCCUCGGAAUCGGACUGCGUGAAGUUCCCAACGAGGGUGAAAAAUGGGCCUCCCGGGAUGUUAUGUACAUCAACUUCAUCGGAGAUCUAUUUCUUCGCAUGCUGAAGGCACUGAUCCUGCCGUUGAUCGUCACGUCGUUGAUCGCAGCCGUUGGAUCGCUCGAUUUGUCACUGUCCGGAAAGAUUGGAGGUCGUGCAGUUCUGUACUACAUUGUGACUACCGUGAUGGCAGUCAUCCUGGGCAUCAUCCUGGUUGUAACUAUUCAACCUGGAAAGGAGCUGAAGAAUCAACCAGUAAUCAAAGCAAAGGAGAUGAGAAAUGUUACCACAACAGACACCUUGCUCGAUUUGGUCCGCAACAUGUUCCCGCCAAAUCUAGUUCAAGCGUGUCUUCAGCAGUACCAAACCGUGCUGACUCCUCCGAAGGAUAACCCAGCGUCAACGGAUCUGGACGCGUGGUCCGGGGGAAAGUUUACGGACGGAAUGAACAUCAUCGGGCUGGUGGUGGCGUCGAUCGUAUUCGGAAUCGCACUCAGUGCACUCAAGGAAGAGUCCCAGUUGGUACAAGUUUUCCAGCAGCUCUCGCACACCGUAAUGAAGGUCACCGGAUGGGUGAUUUGGCUCUCUCCAAUUGGAGUUCUCUUCCUCAUCACAGCCAAGCUGCUUGAGAUGGACGACAUCGGGGAGGUAUUUAACAAGCUUGGGCUCUACUUUGCUGUCGUUGCCGGAGGCAUAGUUUUCCACGGGUUCGUGAUCCUGCCACUGCUGUUCUUCCUGUUCACCCGCAGGAAUCCGGUACGAUUCGUGGGAAAUAUGGGACAAGCGAUUGCGACAGCAUUUGGAACAUCAUCCAGUUCGGCCACGCUACCGGUAACGAUGCAAUGUUUGGAGGAGAAGAAUCACGUGGAUCCUCGGGUGUCACGUUUCGUGCUACCGAUUGGAGCCACAAUCAAUAUGGAUGGAACGGCAUUAUACGAGGCUGUGGCCGCAAUUUUCAUCGCACAAUUAAGAGAACUUCCCCUCACAUUUGGAAACAUUGUUGCCAUCAGCAUAACGGCCACGGCGGCCAGUAUUGGUGCCGCAGGAAUUCCUCAAGCUGGAUUAGUUACUUUGGUAAUGGUCCUUGAUACCGUUGGCUUACCAGCAGAGGAUGUUUCUCUAAUCAUCGCUGUUGAUUGGUUGCUUGACCGGUUCCGCACGGUGGUCAACGUGCUGGGAGACAGUUUCGGUGCUGCCAUCGUGGAGCAUUUCAGCAAGAAAGAGCUGGCGGCUUUACCACCUCCAAGUGAAACCAAUGGAAAGAUUCACAGGAAUUCCACGGGGUACAGCGCCGAGACGGUCGUGAUUGAAGAGAGGCUAUAACUUACUCAAAGUACAAUUAAAAAAUAAGCUCGUAUCAGAUGAAAAGUAUUCACAGACUACUUAAGUUGCAGAUAUUUUGCACAGAGAUUAAUUUUACAACAUUUUAGGUAAAUUUCUAACCAUAUAUCUUUACUGUACUCACAAUGUAUCGUCGUUUGUUUCUGAAGCUAGGACUUGGCAGUACAGCUGGAAGCGAAGAUAUUCUAAGAAUAUAUAUUAAAAGAAUUUAGAAUUUGUGUAUUAAACUGUGUAAAACACAUGCGAAAAA